AUGUCUGAUAACAUCAACCAAGUUAAACAAAAGGUUAAACAAUCCUUACCCAAGAAGAAGUUUGACUCCAAGACUCUUCAACAUGUGAACAAUUACUCACUUGUUAAACAAUUGGAGCAAUUGAUUUUAUCAAUUUCAAUCUUCCAAUCAAUUUACCAACAAUUUAUCUUGCCCGUCUAUCAAUUUCUCAUUGGUAAUGUGUUGACAAUUUCACCAAUUUACGAAGUUGCUCAAAUUUUCGAUGGAUUGAAUCUUUACGCAUUGGGUAUAUUUGAUCAUUUUUUCAUUGACUUACCCAACAAGGUUAUCAAUUUCACCACGGCCAAUUUCAUCAAACCAGUUAAUCAACAAAUUAUCCACAUCAACAAUGCGUUCCUCAAGCCAGUUGAAAAUGAGGCUGAAGAUUCAAUUUUCCAAAUUUAUUACACCAUCAAGUCAAUUGUGUUGAAUAUUACUGGUGUUGCAUAUUCAAAAUCAAAUGAAAUUCAACAUCAGAUUGUAUCCACUUAUAAUCAAGAGUUGAAGUCAACACCAGCAAACAAGUCGUAUUUGGAAAAAAAUUUAACUGCUAGUUAUAAUACUGGUGUAAAGACGGUUAAAGUUUUGAAUGAUGACUAUAUUGUUCCUUUAAAGAAUCAAACUCAAGAAUUUGUUACUAAUGGUAAGAAUGCAGAGGUGUUUUUAAAAGAAACUAGAGAUAAGAUUGAACCAAGGUUGAAUGAAGCUGCUAAUGAAUUGAAUAAGCAAAAGGAUGAUUUGUUGAAGAAUAAUUCAGUUCCUGUUCCAGCUAAUUAA